ACUCCACUUCUCUGGCCUCAAGGAAAACCUUUUCCUUCUAACUAUGGGUUUUGAUGAUAUUCCUAACUUUGGCCUCCCUCUCAAUCUUGGUCUUGGUUUAGGCAGCUGCCUUGUGGAGCAAGAAAACUUUUCACAAUCCGAUCAUCAGAGAAGGAAGAAGAAGUUUUCCUCCCUGAAUAUCAAUGACCAUCAACUUUUUCCUUCUCUUACUUUAGGUCCUUCAGCUAGUAAAGGAGAUCAUCAAUCUGGCGAUCAUCACCAACAAGCUUCUUCUCUCAGUGCCGCAUCCUCAUUUUCCAACUCUAGUGUCAAGAAAGAGAGGGAUUUCGGCAGUGAAGAGGUGGAGUUGGAGAGAGUUUCUUCAAGGUUAAGCGAUGAAGAUGAAGAAGGUAGUCCUAGAAAGAAACUCCGUCUCACCAAAGAACAAAGUGCCAUUUUAGAAGAAAGCUUCAAAGAGCACAGCACUCUUAAUCCUCAGAAACAAAAGCAAGUUUUAGCAGAACAACUGAAUCUGAGGCCGCGACAAGUGGAAGUUUGGUUUCAAAAUAGAAGGGCAAGGACGAAGCUGAAACAGACCGAAUUGGAUUGUGAAUUACUGAAGAAAUGUUGUGAGACACUAACAGAAGAGAACAAGAGGCUGCAGAAGGAAGUGCAAGAGCUUAAAUCGAUGAAAGUCACAGCAGCACAGUACUUUAUGCAACUUCCGGCAGCCACCCUGACCAUGUGCCCUUCCUGUGAGAGGGUCACCGGUGGUAGUGGAAGUGGUGAUGUCGGGUCUCCGUCCAGGCCCUUUACAGUCGGUCAAAAGUCACACUUCUAUAAUCCGUUCAGUCAUCACCCUUCUGCAGCCUACUAGGAAAAACCGGAAGAGGAAGUAGGGAAGUGCUAUAAAUAGUUUUCUUCGGAGCAUCCCUGUCUUUGAAUACAGAGAUGAAGCAAUUGAAUUAAAAAUAUAUGUACACUAGAGUCCUGGAGUCUAUAUCCAUAACAUUUCUAGUAGAAAUGUUGCAAAUUUGUAGUGAAAUCUUUUUAUUAAGGUAUAUAUAGUUCUUCUGACAAAACGAAGAAUGUUUUUCUCUAAAUUCUUUAAAUUAAAAUUACUCACUCUCU